ACUCUGAUAUAAGCCAAGUCUGCAGGGCGGCAGCUAUGUACAAGAAAGCCAGGACAAGAUGCGGGGAUCCUGAGACAACACAGACUCUGAACCAUCGAAUCUUGUACAUGGAAAAGAUCAAGGCAGCUGUAAUACAGCAUGAAAAAAGAUCAUGCAUGGGCCACCAGUCGGGGAAAACCACAACAGCCGAUGUUGCUCCAAACCAAAAUGUUCGUCCAGGGACACCAAGAAAAACAACAGAUACAGGAAAGGACAGAGAUACAACUGGAAUUACAAGUACUGAAUCAGAUGAAAAAUACACAGACAGUUCAAGACAGCAAAAGGACCACCUUAAGGAAGGUGAAUCAUCCCUUGCCAGGGCAGACCUGGAUGCAGCAGAGCAGCACUUUGCAGCUGCACUCAAGUUGGUACAUGUCAGAGAUCCCACAGCCCAGCAGUACCAGAGAGAGGUGGAGCCCCUGUGCAAGUUGGGGGAUGUCUACAGUAAGCGAGGUCAGCAGACAGGAGACGGGGGAGACUUUGUCAAAGCAGUAGCAAUCUACAACGCAGCAAUAGCCAGGUCAAAUAAUGACAUCAUUAACAGUAACAUUAUAACAAAGGCUAAAGAAGUAGAAAAGUCAUUUCUAAUAUGCGUCUUAGACAUUCACUGCAAUGUGAGCCAAGAUGACACCAAAAAACACAAGGAACAGCUGAAGAAGAUGCGAGACCAGGUCAAGCUGGAGAUGGAAACCAUUGACCAGCAGCUGGAUCCCUAUGUACAUGAUGAUGAUGACCCACGUGUCAAAGACAUUGAGGCAAAACGAGCUCAGACUGUCAGGCGGUUGUUUGAGGAAAUUGCACAACUGAGAAAUGAUUUUAUUAGCCAGCUUGUAGAAGACUGUAUUGGGGUAAUGGGUCCCCCUCCCUGUAAGUAUGCCCUGAUAGGUUUGGGUUCACAGGCCACAGGACUCGUAACUCCAUACUCAGACCUAGAGUUUGCCAUCUUGGUAGAGGAAGAAAGUGAAGAGUGUCUGGUGUACUUCCGCAACCUCACCCACUAUCUCCAUCUCAAGGUGGUCAACCUGAGAGAAACCAUUCUCCCAGCUUUGGGAAUAAAAUCUCUCAAUGACUUCUACUCUGGUGAUCCACUGGAUGAUUGGUUCUAUGAUUCUGUUACACCACGUGGGUUUGCAUUUGAUGGCUCCAUGCCAAAGGCAAGCAAAACUCCACUGGGCAGGAAAGGGACUAUGAAUGAACCACCCAGUGAACUCAUCUGCACCCCAGAAAACAUGGUUUCCAUUCUACAAAAGGAUGUCACAUUAUACCUGAAGGAAGGAUACCACCUUGCCACUAUCUUGAGAAAUCCAUGUAUGAUAGCAGGGGACAAGGAUCUGAUUGAUACAUACAUGGCCAUAACAGUGAAGACACUGCAAGACGAUGGAGGUAAAAUGGCUGGACAACUGGCACUGGAAAUACUAGAGGAAAACAGAAAAAAAUAUGACAAUACAGGAAUACAUGCAAAAUAUGACCAUACAGGAAUUACAGCAAGGCUGAUUGAUGUGAAGAAAGAAGUAUAUCGUUUUCCAGCUCUAGCAGUGGAUUGCUUGGCACUGUCCUCAGGCAUCAUACCUACCACUGUUUGGAAGACAAUACAAGAAAUGGAAAACCAAGAAGUGAUCAGUGCCAACAAUGCACACCACCUGACAGUGCUUGCCAGUAUCUCAGCAGAACUCAGACUCAGAACCUACAUUGCAAAUGGAGGACAAAAUGAAAACUUGUCAGCUUUGGCUUCAAUGGAAACAGUACUAAAGGAAGAGGAAUUAUCUAGACAGACCAAUGAUGACAUGCAAACACAUCCACUGAAGCCAGUUUUCCAUCUAACAAAUGAAAAGCAGCUUUUCAGAUAUUAUCAAACAGCACUUCCUCUGAAGAGUGCUUUGUCCAAAUUGUCUGGAAAGAGGAUGAUUAGUCUCAAUUCAUUCUCUGAUUUCUAUAAUAAUUCUCCGAAAAUACGUGGAAAGAUGUACACUGAGGUAUGCAGAUAUAGACUGGCUAUCAGCUACUAUGAAGAGGCCCUGAAGAAACCUGAAGAUACAGACUCUGACACUGAGAGCAGGAUAGAUAUGCUAUACUUUCUGGGAAAGGCAUGUUUCAUGGUCGGAGAUAACCAAAAAGCUAUCAGUUACAGUGAACAGGCGCUGCAAAUAUGCAGGAGUAUCUAUGGUCAAGAUACAGCAGAUAGUCAAGUUGCUGCCUUACUCAACAACCUGGCAACAGCCUGGCAUUAUCUGGGUAAUCACAAGAAAGCCAUUGAUUACUUUCAACAGGCACUGCAGAUGAAUGUGACUAUCUCUGGCCAGAAUACUGCAGAUCCUACCAUUGCUGCCUCACUGACUAACCUGGGGUCAGCCUGGUUUGCACAGGGUAAUCACAUGAAAGCAAUCAGCUACUAUGAACAGGUACUGCAGAUGUGCAGGAGCAUCCAUGAUCAGAAUACAGAACAUUAUGACCUUACUACAAUGUGCUGUACAUCACUAAAUAACCUGGGGUCAGCCUGGUCAGAGCUGGGUGACUACAGGAGAGCAAUCAGCUAUUUUGAACAGGCACUGCAGGUGGCCAGAAGUACCUAUGGUCAGAGUACAGCACAUCCUGACAUUGCGCACUCACUGAGCAACCUGGGGUCAGUCUGGUCCAAGCUGGGUGAUCACAGGAAAGCCAUCAGCUACCAUGAACUGACACUGCAGAUGAAGAUGAUUACCUAUGGUCACCAUACAGCACAUUAUGAAAUUUCCAACUCACUGAAUAGCCUGGGGUCAGCUUGGUUGGAGUUGGGCAAUUGCAGGAGAGCAAUCAGCUACUUUGAACGGGCACUGAAGAUGAGGGUGACUAUCUAUGGCCAGAGUACAGCACAUCCUGACAUAUUCAACUCACUGAACAACCUGGGGUCAGCCUGGUCCAGGCUGGGUGAUCAUAGGAGAGCAAUCAGCUGCCAUGAACAAGCACUGCAGAUGAGCAGGAGUAUCUAUGGUCAGAGUACAGCACAUUCUAGUAUUACCACCUCACUAAACAACCUGGGGACAGCAUGGCACUAUUUGGGUCAUCACAGGAAAGCCAUUAGCUACUUUGAACAGGCACUGGAGAUGCUCAGGAGUAUUCAUGGUCAGAAUAUGGCACAUCCUCACAUUGCUGACUUACUGAGCAACCUGGGGUCAGCCUGGGACCAACUGGGUGAUGACAGGAAAGCAAUAGACUACUUUGAAAAAGCAUUACAGAUAAAUAAUAGUAUCUAUGAUCCGAGUACAGCACAUCCUCAUAUUGCCAUCUCACUGAUCAAGCUUGGGUCAGCCUGGUCCAAACUGGGUGAUCACAGGAAAGCCAUUAGCUACUUUGAAAAGGCAAUAGAGAAGAAGGGCAGUAUGAACAAUGUAAGUAUCUACAUUGCUGCCUCACUUGACAACCUAGGGUCAGCCUGGUCCAAGCUGGGUGAUAACGGAAAAGCAAUCAGGUACCAUGAGGGGGCACUUAAGCUGAACAAGAGGCUCUGGGGUCAGAGUAAAGCACAUCCUAACAUUGCCACCUCACUCAACAACCUGGGAUCAGUCUGGUUGAAAAUGCGUGGUCACGGGAAAGCAAUCAGCUACAGUGAACUGGCAAUGCAGAUGAACAGGAGUAUCUACGGUCAGAGUACAGCACAUGCUGACAUUGUCACCUCACUCAACACCCUAGGGUCAGCCUGGCAUUAUCUGGGUGAUGACAAGAAGGCCAUCAGCUACUUAGAACAGGCACUGCAGAUGGUCCAGAGUAUCUAUGGCCAAACAACAGCACAUCCUGACACCAUUACCGUACUGAAAAACCUAGGGUCAGUCUGGCAUAAUAUGGGAGAUCACAGGAAAGCAAUCAGCUACAAUAAACAGGCACUGCAGAUGGAGAGGAGUAUCUAUGGCAGUAAUACAUCAUCACAUCCUGUCAGUGCCAUCUCACCUGGGGGAAGCAUGGCACAAGCUGAGUGAUUAGGAAAGCAUACAGUUACCAUGAAAGGCACUGCAGAUGUAACAUAUCCAUGGUCAGAAUAAACCACAUCCUGACAUUGCCAGUUUCAUUUAAGGAUGUUUGGGCUUCAGAUUCUGGUACUCUCUCAUUAAGGAAAAUCUCUGCCAAGAGGAAAUCUCUGCCCAGAGGCCUUGGCUACAUAUGACGUAAUCUGCAAUGUAGAACUUUUAACAGGAUGCAUCAAAUUCUGAAACGUCUUUACCAUUUCCAAAACCAAAUCCAGCAGCUUGAGUAACUAUUAUAUGGCAUAUCUUAUUACCUAGAUGUCUAACCUUCAUUAAUAUUUAUACAGGAUGCAUUUGUAAUGAUGUACAUGUAUGACAUAUUUCUCCUAAUUUUAACUAGCCAGUGUUGUUGUAAACACUCAUUCGAAGUAGAUUAUCAAGUAAAACAGAAGUUAGCCUCCAGGAGCCUUACUGAGAUCAGAAAUACAAUCAUGUUCUAUGACCUUAUCAGGGACGGACCAGGAAGUGGUGACAGAUUAAGACAGACCAUGUUCUACAUGUAUGAAUAUUAUGUUCUUUGUCCUUCCUGAGAAUGCAUUCUAAAAUUUGGUCUUUUGGGGUCAACUACUUUGUAUCAAAGCUUGAUGAAUUCCAAAACCAGUUUGUGUUUGAGUUUGCAUGUGUCUGUGUUUAUAUAUAUAUUAAGCAUGUUGUUUACAUGUGUGCGUGCGAGAUUUGAGUGUUAAUGUGUACAUGUACAUGUAUUUACAUGUAUGUGUGCAAAUGUAUAAUCAUGGUGUCUGUGCAAAGAUGUACAAAAGGUAUGUGUUUGCAACCAUAACUGUGCUACCCACCCCCAAGAAUGUUAAAAACAACAUUUACUGACUAGUGUACAUUUAUGUGUGCACACAGGUGUACAAUCAUGGUGUCUGUAUGAAGAUGUACAAAAGGUUUGUGUGUGCAAGCAUAACUGUGCUUUUAAAUGAAUUUUACCCACCCCCAAGGAGGUUAAAAACAACAUCUGUCCCUACACAAAGAUUCACAAGAAUC